AUGCAGCUGGAAUACGACGAUGUCGAGAGUAUGCACACGGGUGUUGCUCAGAGUGGCGAUCUGAUGGGCCCCAUUUCGGAGAUCCUGGUCCAUUUGUGUGUUUAUGAUGUUAUCUUUCAAGACCAUGGCAAAACUGUGUUGCUGGUCGUGACUAUCUUGUUUCACGGAGGUGAGAUAGCCCAGACUGCUCCAAAGCUGUCCUUGGAGCAGGCAAUGGCCCAUCAUUUCGCAAGCGGAGGGGUGGUUUUGGAAACUCAGCCGUUGUUCAUUCAAAAACACCUCGAAACAAAGCUACUGUUAGUGAAACGAGACCAUAACAUACCUUCAGACUGGACAGACUAG